AUGUAUAAUGCUGUUCCUCAUCCAAAUGUUCGUGCUGGUAAAGUUGAAGGCCCAACCAAAGUCACUUAUUUAACUAAAGAAACUGGUUUUGUUUCUUGGAAACCUCCAUUGGAUAGUGGCGAUUGUACAAGUGAAAAAUAUGUAGUCGUAGAACAAGAUGUUGGACGUGGUAGCUGGGCGCCAGCUGAUGAAGUGAUAACACCUACACCUCAUUACGUAUCACCAAAUUAA